UUUAUUGAAGCGUACGACUCCUCGCAGAAAAAGAAUAUUAGGUGAGGCUACGACCCUCCAUCAAAUCUCCGUCAUUGCCUGAUCACGGCCGUCCAUUCCAUCCAACGUCAACGCUUGGACCCUGAAGUUGGUCGCCCCCACCCUACCGUGCACGUCACCAACACGGAUAACUCUUACUCUCUCUGUCUCCCCCCCUCGUAGUCAAUAGUCAUUUCCUCAACGUGCCAUUACCAUCGCAACGGAUCACUUGGCGCGUGCCUCCCACUCCUCCCCCGCGGUGCGUGAGGGGGCGGGAUUCCACUGGGCCCCACUCUGCCUUUCGUUUCUUUCUGAAGUAAAUAAAUAAGGUGUAAAAAUAGCCUCUGUUCAAAAAGACAGCGCGCCGUGACCAAUAGCAUCACUCCACCACCACCACCUCUCGCAGCAUUCUCAGCCCGGCCGCCGCCGGAGGCACUUGCUCCGUCAACACAGCCGAAGACAUGGGUGCUGAAGAACCUGUGGUAGAGAGAGAGAGAGGAGGAGGUGGGGAUAAGAAGGAUGAGGAGGAAGAGGAAGUAAUGGAGCCAUCAACAGGAGGAGGAGGAGGAGCUGGAGAAGAAGAACGGGUUGAGCAAGUGGUGAGGGAUGUGGAGAAGGGAGAGAUGGGAUACCAAGAAGAGGUUGUCGGGAGUAUGAGAAAUGUUGACAAUCCGACUCAGACGCAGACGCAGACGCAGACGCAGACAGACUAUCAUGCCUCUAUGAUGCAGAGCCUAAACCCAACGAACCCUCUGAGGAUCGUCAUCAAUGGGAGGACGAGAGUGGCCACUCCUUCCCCUGCUCCGCCUGGGAGGACGAGAGUGGCCACUCCUUCCCCUGCUCCGUCUGGGAGGACGAGAGGGCCCACUCCUUCCCCUGCUCCGUCUCAGCCUUCCGUUGCUCGCUCCACACCCACCCCGCAACAAUCUUCUAUAGUAUCGCUAAAUUCAAGGGGCUACACCAACAAGUUCUCUCUCUUCUUGUUUCUGCUUCACAUGGUUGCGGCAAUCGGGUUAGUCUGCUUCCUUCUGUUCAAGGGGGUUCAGGGCUUUCUGCAAACAUCAAACGGCAGCGUUAGGAAACAGGAGAAGAGGCUGGCGAAGUACUUCCUCCCACAAAUUGAAAUAGCAUCCCUCUUAAGCAUUAUCCUCGCCUUCACUUGGCAAAAGGCCGUGAGGACCUGGCCCGUCCUAAUGGUUCACAUCAUCCUGUGGAGCACCUUCAUCAUGUCCUUAUCUGCAGGAGUUCUCCUGCUCUGCUUCCAAAUGCCUGCCACCGACGGGGUCGGGGUCUGUUUCGUCGCCUUCGCGAUCGGGAACGGCUUGUAUGCCUGUUGGGUGUCUCCCAGGGUUAAGUUCUGCUGCAAGGUAUUGGUGAAAUCGCUCGAGCCGGUUUCUAAGUUCUCCGAUAUAAACCGGCCGAUCUACUUGAUGCUCGGGGUUGGGUUCCUGUGGAUGUCUCUGUGGUUAUUAGCUGUGAUCGGAGCCAUUAAUUUCUAUUUCCCUCCGCUGAUCAUUAUUUUACUCGGGCUGAGCUUGGCCUGGACUACCGAAGUAAUGAGGAACAUAGCAAACUUAACCGUGAGUAGAGUAAUUGCGCUGUACUACCUCCGGGGAAUGCAGUCCAGCACUCACUUUUGCUUCCAGAGAGCAGGGACUCAUAACCUAGGGAGUGCGUGCCUCGGGUCUAUCUUUGUUCCAACGAUCGAGGCGCUGAGAAUUGUCGCUAGAGGCUUGAAUCUACUCGAGGGAGAGGAUGAGUUCAUGUUUUCUUGCGCACAUUGCUGUCUUAAAGUCAUGACGUCAAUCUUCAGAAAUGGCAACGGCUGGGCUUUCGUGCAGAUAGCUGCAUACGGGAAAGGGUUCGUGAAAGCAUCACAGGAUACAUGGGAGCUUUUUGAGAGACGAGAGAUGGAAACCGUUGUAGAUUCAGACAUAACCAGCUCGAUCUGCUUCCUGACAGGAGUAUGCAGCGGCUCGAUGUGUGUUAUCGUGGUAGCUGCUUGGACUUUCACAGUUCACAAGGGCUUCACAGCCACGAUUUCCCUCCUUGCCUUCUUCGUUGGGUACCUCAUGACUAGGAUUGCAAUGGCAGUGCCCCAUGCUUGCGUGAGCUGUUACUACGUCUGCUACGCGGAGAACCCGAACAACAGGCUCUUUGAUGACACGAUAAGAGACCGACAGAACUUGAUAAAGUCGGGUCGGGACGUGGUCGUGCCUACCCCUCGUGUUCCCAGUCGAUAUGCAAGGAGAUAGACGAGUAAGCAAUAACUCCCAAGAUUUAUCUCUCUCCUAUCCCGAGUCUAGCCUAGGAUUGAUUCUGUACAUAGAGAUUAUUUUUGUGGAGUGGACAUCAAGGUAUAGAACUGUGGUUGGAUUUUUGUCCUCCUUUAUCAAACGAAAGAACUCCGGGGGCCAGAUGGAAAAGGAAAAGCUGUGGAAAGUGUUGAGCUCCUCGGUAGAUUCUUUUUGCUGAAUAGCUCCUUGGUAGAUUCAGUUAAAGGGUAAAAGGGGGCUUGACUUCUGACUUUAGAGGCGAUAUAUAUGCGUGUAUGUGUAUCGAUUGUGAUCUGCGAAUGGUGUUGGUGGUGAAGAUGAGUCGGAAUGACGAGAAAUCGACACAACAUGGGCCGAUAAGAUGGGCUCAGGGUCGUGGUGUAACGACCGGCAGGAAAACGAUUAUCGAGUAGGUGCUGGUGGUUGCAGAUCGUACUUCCUGAUCAGCAUGAUUGAUGCGGUGUGAGAUAGCUCUUUCGUUAAUCAGUGCUCCAUUAAAUACUUUCUUACUGUCCAUUGAUGAUAGUAUUGGGAUAUUUGAAAGGAAAGGGAGGGGGGGGGGGGGGGGGGGGAGACCGCACUGAGAUUGGGUUGCUGUCCACAGGACGAAGACUACAAAAGAAGAAGAAGAAGAAGAACAAUUGUGGUUGCAAUUGCACAAUGCUUUUGGUUUUGGGCCCCAAUAGGCCCUUAUCUUUAUUUUGCAUAUUAUGGCAGGAUAUUCUGUAGUGUACUACUGAGAUGUCCCCCACCCACCCCGAACCAACAUUUAUUUUAUUUAACCAUUUCCAUCCCUCUUUUGUACUCUUGUUUUUUAAGUAAGUUUUGUUUGUUUUGUCAAAGCUUUACUUAGCUAAGCUAGGUCACCCAUUAUUUGAUUCAGUCACGUACAUCUCCAUGUAAAAUCACGAUUGUUGCUGUACGUAUCUAAGUUGAGAUUGUUAAAGAUU